GCUCUGGAUCACGAGGCCGACUGCGAGAAGUGGUUGGCAGAAGCCCGAGCUGAAGUACAAGUUCGAGCGCAAGAAGCAGCAGAUGCCCGUCUUCGACACGAACAACAGCUCGAGGCAGAUCUCCAGCGUAUCACAGUUCUCAAUUGUUGGGCGCGGAAGGUUCCUGCACAGAGACUUAUGCGACUCCGAUUUCGACGCACUCGAGCAGAUGUGGCAAUCCUCAGUGGUCGAGAAGUCCAAUACUACGGAGACUGGAAAAGCCGAUAUCCAGCCAGCAAAGUAUCUGGAGUGGGACACCGAUUAUUUGGACGCUCUGUGGAAUUCUAUGUCGGACAACACCCUGACCAAGAGCGCUUGGACGUCGCCACCUGAUUGGAUCAAGGAUAGCUAUUCUUUCAAGUACGACCCAGAUUCGGCACUUUCCCUUGGUUCAGAAUAUGGCAAGUUCACAA